AGCUUUAGUAACAGUGGCAAGUGGCAGUAGAGACAUGUACAGAGGAUCAUCUGCUUGCUGUCUCUUAUUUUCCCUCCUUUUCGUGUGUGAGAGAGUUCUGUGUUAUUCUCUGUUCCCACUUUCACUUUUUGGCACCAUUUAUCAUGCUUCACUUCUUCUUCUUCAUCCUCCAACGGUCAUGAAGGAUUGCUCUUUUCUUCUGUUAUAUAUACUCUUGGACACUUUUGCUCAAGUUUGGAGACGAUGAUUGUGUGUAUGUGUUGAAGCUCUUCCUUCGGUUUCAAUUCACUUCUGCAACAUCUACUACAUAUUGCAGGGUUCUUGAGGAUGGGACAAGAAUUGGAGUUUGAUCUGAAUGACAAGUCUUGCGUGGGUCUCAGUCCUGAUACUGUUCUUCCACCUCAUCAAUAUUGUUUGAAUGUGAAGAAAAGAUGUAAAAAUGGGAAACCCACUGGGAAAGAUGAGUUUUUGCAACUCAAAGAGAACUUUGCCGAUAUCAAUUUUGGUCGCUUCCGCAGUACUUCACCAAAGAGCCUUCCCUGUAGAUCUCAUGGACUGGAAGGUAACAUAGAAAUGACGCAAGGUUCCAAGUAUCCGAGUUCAGAGCAAGUUAUAAAUAUAAAGAAAAUGGGCACCAUGAGGGGAAGGAAAAAAAUAGAAAUCUCAUCUAGGAGUAGUGAUGCCUCUUUUUCAGGUAGUGUUGUUGAUUCUCUGUGUGGUUCAGAUGAUGAAAAUCUGAGUGACUCACCAUCUCCAUCUGUUUCUGGUUCCUGGACUAGUAUAGAGAACAACACUUCAAAUGGCUAUAUUGAAUUUUGCAUAAAUUCAGAUGUUUGGGAUGAAAAAUAUGGUGCAGUAGAAGGGAUUGGUUCUACAGAAAUCAGAAGUGAGAAGGUUUCUGGUUCACCAAUUGAUGGUAAUUUUCAUCCUAAAAAAGAGACAGUUCAUGGAUUACAAAAGCCACUCUCUUCUAUGGUUGAAAUCUCUCACAUGCAAUCUCCAUCAGAGAGUGACUGCUCACCAAGAUCAAGUCCAAAAGUCUCACUCACCUCCAUCAGGAAAAGGUUAAAUUCAUUUACAAAGUCAAAAUCUUUGACAAGCCCAGUGAGUUGUGUUCUGGAAACUACUGUGGUAAAAUUAACUGACACUAGAAAUGGUACAAGAAACAGGACUUAUCAGAGAUCUUUGCUGAAUGACUUCUUUAACACAGCAAAGCAUUCUGACAUUAUUUCUGAUUUUAUCAAUAGAGAUAUCCAGUUUUCAGGUCUAUCAUGUUCUCCUGUUCAUCUUCAUGGCAAUCUCAAGUUGAAAAACAAACAAGGACUUCCAUUUUUUGAGUUUAAGGUAAAGUGCCCUGAAGAUGUCUUUGUGGCCAAGACAUGGAAAUCAGGCAAUGCUUUCAAUUGGGUAUAUACCUUUCAUUCAAUGGAUAAUAGAAAGAAAAGUACUGCCUCUGACUUGGGAUCCCAUUAUUGUGACGAAGACUCAUCAAUGGUAGCACAGAUGCUGGUUUCCUCUAAUUCAUGCUCGAAAUUAGAAGGUGGAGUGUUUGACAACUCUAUUGUAACACAAUUUGUGUUGUAUGAUCUUACACACUCAAGCAAACACGUUUCUCCUGAAAAAAAGUGUUACAGCGAGCAGCAUUGUUCUAAAACUCUAAAAGCUUCUCAUGGAGGAAUGAAGGGAGAAACUUUCAGGCCAGAUGAAGAGACUUUGUCCACUAAAAACAAGCUUCUAUCAGGCAAUGCAGAUUUUGAUAAUUCAAAUUCCUAUCCUUUGUCAUCCACAGAAUUGCAUUCAAACCCUGAAAUGGCUGCCAUUGUUUUGCAAAUUCCAUUUCGCAAGAGAGAAAGCUUGAAAUACAAAAGAAGGGAUAGAAUAAAUGCUGAAGCGCAUUCAAAAUUAGGUGAUCUCUCUUCAGGUGUAGAUCAGAGUAGAAAGAGCCUUCAUGAUAGGAAAGUCCUAGAACAGGUGAAGGUGGUGCUACCAACCGGGAGCCAUGGUUUGCCAAGUGCUGAAAGCCAGGGUCCCUCAUCCUUACUUGAUAGAUGGAAACAUGGUGGAGGUUGUGAUUGUGGCGGCUGGGACAUGGCUUGUCCCCUUAUUCUUUUAGGCAAUCCUAGCAUUCAAUUUGCUGAAGAUCGCACUCUUAUGGAGGGAUAUCAGACACUGGAACUUUUCACUCAGGGAGCCAAAGAGAGAACUCCUACCUUUGGCAUGACGAUGGUUGAAGAGGGGCAAUAUGCAGUUGAUUUCCAUGCAAACCUAUCCCCGUUACAAGCUUUCUCCAUUUGUGUUGCUAUUUUGCAUGGCAACUCCACCUUCAGUGGGGCGGGGCAGGAGAAAAACCAACAGAUAUCUCGAUGCAAUUCAUUGAAAAUGCUUCUUGAGGAGGAGGUAGAAUUAUUUAUCAACUCAGUCACAAAAGAAGGGAAUAAGAACUCGUUAAAAGGAGGAGGUACAAGAUUCAUAAGGGAAUUCCUCGACCCUACGUGCUAAACCCACCUUUCUCUCCUAUUGCACGAGUUUAAAAGUGUAGUGUGCACUUGACCAAAACCUACUGCAGUAAUCCAUAAUUUAAGCCAUUGCUGUUGCUGGUUUGACCUUAAAGUUGGUAGCAAGUGCUACAUUCUCUGCUUGUGCUUAUUUGAACUGAGACUGGGUUACUACUCACGAUAGUCAAAAGAAUGUGUAUAUUGUCGCAUGAAGAAAAUGUGGAUGAUUGCUGCUAAUGUUGGAAUCAUACUUUGUAACACCAAAUAGAACAGAAUAUUAUUGUCCAUAAAGUAAUGGGAUAAUUAGAGGGAAAUGAUUCUAUUCUGGAUUCCAGUCCUUUCUGUAUGUAAACAUGAUACUGGAAAUCAAUCCAGUAAUUUGUUUUAAAAAAAAGAAACUUGCCGUUGCCGGGGAUCAAACCCCGCUGAA